CGGGAUAUAAGGAAGAUAUCCACAAGAAGAAGCGAGGGGCGACCCUGAUGCGGUCAUCUACAGGACCAUGUCUUCUUAAUCUACCGGACUGCAUCUUCCAGUCUUUCACAGCGACCGAGUGACUUGAGUGAAGAUGAUCAAAGCGGGGUCCCGGCCGGCCACCUCGCUGCCGCCGGACACGAUGGACAUCAUCCGCAGCAAGACCCACACCCGCCGGGUGAGACUCAACGUCGGGGGCCUACUCCACGAAGUCCUGUGGAGGACUCUGGACAGGCUGCCCCGCACAAGACUGGGCAAGCUGAGAGACUGCAACACUCACGACUCCAUCAUGGAGAUAUGCGACGACUACAGCUUGGCCAACAACGAGUACUUCUUCGACAGGCACCCCGGCGCCUUCACCUCCAUCCUGAACUUCUACCGCACCGGAAAGUUGCACAUGAUGGAGGAGAUGUGCGCCCUCUCCUUCAGCCAAGAGCUGGAUUUCUGGGGCAUCGACGAGAUCUACCUGGAGUCCUGCUGCCAGGCCAGGUACCACCAGAAGAAGGAGCAGAUGAACGAGGAGCUCAAAAGAGAGGCAGAGAACAUGAGGGAGAGGGAGGGAGAGGAGUUUACCACCACAUGCUGCUCCGAGAAGAGGAAGAAGCUGUGGGACCUCUUGGAGAAGCCAAGCUCAUCAUUUGCUGCUAAGAUCCUGGCAAUUAUCUCCAUCCUCUUCAUUGUGCUGUCUACCAUUGCCUUGUCUCUGAACACCCUUCCAGAGCUACAGGACACAGAUGAGUUUGGCCAGUCCUCAGACAACCCACAACUGGCCCAUGUGGAAGCUGUGUGUAUUGCCUGGUUUACCAUGGAGUACCUGCUUCGCUUCCUCUCCUCCCCCAGCAAGUGGAAGUUCUUUAAGGGUCCUCUGAAUAUCAUAGACCUGCUGGCCAUCUUGCCCUACUAUGUCACCAUCUUCCUGACAGAAUCCAACAAGAGUGUGCUGCAGUUUCAGAACGUCCGUCGAGUGGUUCAGAUUUUUCGGAUCAUGCGGAUCUUGCGUAUUUUGAAGCUGGCUCGUCACUCCACAGGUCUUCAGUCUCUGGGCUUCACACUUAGGAGGAGCUAUAAUGAGUUGGGCCUGCUGAUUCUUUUCUUGGCCAUGGGCAUCAUGAUAUUCUCCAGUCUGGUCUUCUUUGCAGAAAAGGAUGAAGAGGACACCAAGUUUAAAAGCAUUCCAGCUUCCUUCUGGUGGGCUACGAUUACUAUGACAACGGUAGGCUAUGGCGAUAUCUACCCAAAAACUUUGCUAGGAAAGAUAGUUGGAGGCUUGUGCUGCAUCGCUGGAGUACUGGUGAUAGCCCUGCCUAUUCCCAUCAUCGUGAAUAACUUUUCCGAGUUCUACAAAGAGCAAAAGAGGCAGGAGAAGGCCAUCAAAAGAAGGGAGGCUCUGGAGAGGGCUAAGAGAAAUGGUAGCAUUGUCUCUAUGAACAUUAAAGAUGCAUUUGGCCGCAGUGUAGAACUCAUGGAUGUAAUGGUAGAAAAUAUUGAUGAAAAGAAGGAGAAGGUGCAUGAUAAUCAUGUGUCUCCUUGUCAGCCGAAAGGGACACCCAAACUCAAGCCUGUGAUGAGCCCCAGCAGCCCCACCAAGACCCUUGACCCAAACUACCAAGAGCAGGCCAAGCCCUCUGGCAGCCCUCAGCACCUCAGCGCACAAAAAUUGGAGGAGAUGUACAACAAGAUGGCCAAGGCUCAGUCACAACCCAACCUUAACAGCAAGGAAAAAGGGCCGCUGUCCAAAGCAGUUGAGCAGAAAGCUGAAUUUGAGAUGGGAAGAAUCCCUACUGAAGCUACCUCAAGCACAGCAGAGGCAGUAACAGACAUGAGGAGCAUGUCCAGCAUUGACAGCUUCAUCAGCUGUGCCACUGACUUUCCUGAGAGCUCUCGCUUUUCCCACAGCCCCAUCGGCAACCUGCCGGGGAAGGUCAGCACCAACCCCGGCCUGGAGCCCACCUUGGAGAAUGAACAUGAAGGAUCCCAGAGCACCACUACACCCCUAUCACGACAAAGCACCAAGCCUGGACCGUAUUCUGACAGCCCCACGGGUCUGCGCUUCAAAAACCCACUCAGAAGCCGCUCCCUCAAGGUCAACUUCAGGAGUGGGGAGGAUUCAGGGACAGGGGCCCUCUCAGACAGCUCAUCAGUCCAGAGCCCAGAGGUGUCCGUCUACACAACUGCCAGCAGCAGGACGCCCACCAAAAGCCCAGAGAAUAUACUGCCCACAAUCUUCACAUUCCACGAUGCAUCCAUCAGCAAAUUCAUUGAUGCUGACACAGAUGAGGAGGAGCACAUGCAUGAUGGUUCAGGCAACAACCCAUCCCAAAGACUCCUGGACAAAGCCAGCCCCAAGUUUGGUCAUCACUCCAGCUUCCAGCAGGGGUCCAACCACACAGAGAGCCUGCAGAGGAAGAUGGGGAACAGCACACUGCCGCUGGAAGCACAGGAGAACCACAUGGCUCAGGAACUACACCCACUUCAGGGCGAGACGAGUCACUCUAAUGCUUAAAGAUACGACAAGUGAGAGACCACAGAGGAAACAUACAGGAGAGGAGGCAGCAGAGAGGGAAAUAAGAAGCACAGUGAACUCAGCAAAACUGAUCUUCCCAAAAAUAUGAAAGGCACUGAAAACACUUGCAGGAACAUUUGAACAGCAGUAAUACAAAAUGAUUCUCCCAUGAAAAUUAUUUACAGCCUAGUUGUAAUAUAGAUUUUUUUUAUAUACAUAAGCAAAACCUUAUUUUUCUGACCCUGGAUACCACUUUAAAGCCACUAUAGCAAAAGCUGUCCAAUUAGUAGCAAAGCACAGAGGGCACUGAAACGUGACACUGCAAACUGGGAAACCCACUCAGCUGAGAGUUCAAAUAACUACAUUGUAGUGGGGGGGGGGCUUGCAUUUAUCUUUAAGUUACGGUUACAGAGCAUAUAAUCAUGGCAUUACAAAGGCAAUAGUGUGUUGGGGAAAUGUAUAGUUUGCUUCCUAUAACUUCCUUCCUCAAAACUGGCCUUAGUUUAUGUUGUCACCCAUGUUUUACGUUUGUGUUUGUAUGAGUGAGAGAGACAGACAGGUGGACCGCACACAUAUAAGAGUGUGCACAGAUUGUCUUUCAUAUACAGUAUAUUUAUUGUAAUGUAGCGUCCUUGGUCUCUUGUCUUAAGUGUGAACUUGAGGAGAAUCAAGUGUUUCAGUCUGUUUCUGUUGGACAGGAGUUGUGUCUUGCUCUGUGACAUUUUUUUACUGCACAGAAUGGACAACACAGAGAGACACUGUGAGGCUGCAUCAUUUCCUUCUUGUCCCCGUUGUGCCCGACUGCUGGCAAGAGA